UCGCCUCGGUUUGAAGAACAGGAAGGCCUGAGGGAACCAGGAGAGGAUCACUUCUUCAAGCCGUUCUACAGGGGAAACCGUUUGUUUGAUUGACUUGACCAACUGUCAACCUCCAAUCACUCCAUCCUGUGGGGUGUACUCUUCUCUAACAUGCAUCAGCCAAUCCUUGGAGGAUGAAGUAAAAGAGAAAGCGCCUUGUUCAAGUUGUAAAGGAGAUUCAUUGAAAAACAAGCAGGGAUCCACAGAAUUUUUCGGGAAAAUGAAAGAAGCCGUCAGACAGGCCACUGUGGAUGAAACAAAUUGGUCAGCUCAAGAUGUGUGCAUGAUACAUAAAGAAGAGUUAAGUCAUUUCUGCUUGGAGGAUCAAGUCCCCCUUUGUUCACUCUGCAGAAAAUCCUGGGAUCACGCUGCACAUACUGUCAUUUCCAGGAAUCAACCAGAAAAUCAGGCUACUGGAAAUGUCUUGAAUGGGGGGAAAGAUGGUUUGCCAAAAUCACAGCCAACCGAUGCUUCCAUGGUAGAAUUUUCAAACAUAAACAAAGAAGACUUCAUAGAAAAAGGAAGGGCAACUGAUGGGAACGAAGAUGACAAGAAAGACAAUAAACCUGCAGCUGUUGAGCAGUGGGUGGACUUCAGCUUGGAAGAAAAGAAGGAAGCAGGCACCCAACCCAACACAAGGGUCAAGAACUCAAUUACGUGGAUUGUCCUCAUACUCUUUGUCAUUCAGAUUGCGGGCUUGGUAACCACCAUCUUCGUUUUCACAAAAGCUAAACCUCAUUUGCCUUCUGCUGCUGCCACCACUUCCUGUUGCCCAGCGGGCUGGCACAGGAACCAAGGAAAUUGCUAUCAUGUUAUGGAAACCAAAGAGACCUGGAAUGCUAGUCAAAAUCGUUGUCUCUCCCUUGGGGCCACCUUGGCUGUCUUUGGGGAUCUAGAGAAACUGAUUGGCACCAUGAAUGUCAGAGAGCCCUUUAACCACUGGGUUGGCCUCCACAGAAGUCCUGAAGAGAGCUGGAAAUGGCCAGAUGGGACUCUGUUCAAAAACCUCUUUGAAGUGGAGGGAGACGGACCCUGUGCUUAUCUGAAGAAGAGAGCGGUGAGCAGCGCAGAUUGUGCCGACUGGAAGAAAGGACUGUGCAGCCUGAGCACUGAAGAAUUCCUUUUGUGCAAAAAGCAGUCGGAGGCCUUCACUGCCGAUGCGCGUGCGCAUGCGCACACACCACGAUGAAUUUUCUGUGGGUGGCCUUCCUUUUCAUCCAUGCAGGAGAUAAACGUUUUUAACAGGGUAUAAUUGCAAAAACUGACUAGACUGGAAAAAUAUCAAAGCGAUGUAAGAAAAGAUCUAAAAACAUUUUAAGGGGGUUUUUUCCCCCCUCCAAUACAGGUUGCAAUCCUAAAUAGGUUUUCAUGGGAGAACACUCCUUGAAUUUAGAGGGAUUUACUCCCAGGUAAAUUAGAAGUAUAUCUAAGGUUAUAUUCCUGCGGUGUGUUUUGGUACAUAUACUCUCUAGCUGGAUUGAGAGUGCUUUGCUACCUCACUUUUUUCUUUGGCUAAAAAACAAUGCAAAUUUGGAGAAGAAAUACUUUUAAAACACUAGUCAAUUUUGAGUAAUUGUGUGGUCAGACUAGCCUAAAAACAGGUCAGGGUAGAUUGUAAUUCAGUGGGUUGUAGGAUGCCCAGCUGUUAGUUUUGCAUGUGGUGUGAACUAGAAUAUCAAGCCCUAGUAUUGCAUGUUUGUAUGGAAUUUAAUACAUUGGAUGACCCCA